AUGGAGCGUGAUCUUCCCAACAUUCUCGUCACCGGAACUCCGGGUACAGGAAAAACUACUACAAGCGAAAUGAUUGCCAGUGUCACUGGACUGCAGCAUAUCAAUGUUGGUGAACUUGUAAAGCAAAAGCAGCUGCAUGAAGGCUAUUUGGCCGAAUAUGAUACCCAUGUUUUGGAUGAGGAUAAGCUUCUCGAUGAAAUGGAAGAUAUGAUGCAGGAAGGCGGUAAGGUGGUCGAUUUCCACACUUGCGAAAUUUUUCCCGAGCGUUGGUUUGAUCUUGUACUUGUCCUGCGCGCAGAUACCCAACCGCUCUAUGAUCGGAUGGAGAAGCGUGGAUAUAAUCAACGAAAACUUCAAGAAAACGUCGAGUGUGAAAUUAUGCAAGUGGUCCUGGAGACCGCGCGUGAAUCAUAUGCUCAAGAGAUUGUGGUUGAAUUACCAAGCAACACUGUAGACGACAUGGAAAGCAAUGUGGAUCGUGUCAAUCGGUGGCUCGAGGCCUAUAAAGCCAAACAUGCUAAAUAA